AUGCGAAUUUUUCAACAUUUGCCCACGCAACUGACGUGGCUAUUGGCAAGUGUUUCGCUGCUGUUGAACUUCGCCCAAGCAGCAAGCGCCAAUGAAGUCUGCUUACCAUCAGGUGGGAGUACACAAGGUUUCAGAGCUAGAGUCUAUUCGUACAAGUUGAAUGAUAGAACCGCGGCUAAUGACAAAAAAUACUUGAUGUACGAGUACCAAACCGAAGCGAAUCAACUGUAUGAAUGGUAUGGCGUGACUGAGCAAAACUUCAAGAUGGGAAAAGCCGGAGGUCUUCAGUAUGGGACUCUAUACGGCCACACCAUUACAAUCACGAAUUUUACUUUGGAAUUGGUUGGUUACUACAAGGCCCCACAAACAGGAACUUACACAUUCAGCCUGACCAGCACAGAUGACGGUGCUAUGCUUUUAUUUGACAAUGACGGUGCUUUCAAGUGUUGCCAGUCUGAUCAAAACAGUCAAAACACAGAUGAUAUCGCCCUUUACCAAUUUUACUCUCAGAGUCAGGUCAGUGCCAGCUACAAUUUGAUUCAAGGACAAUACUACCCAAUUAGAAUAACUUAUGCUAAUGCUCUACAAGUCGCGAGGCUCCAGUUAUCUGCAACACUUCCUGACGGCACUACCAAGACUACUUUUGAAGAGGUGGAAUAUUUCGCAGACAGUUCAAGCCCAUCUAGUGUGUGCAGCGCGGUCAUUACGACGCAAUACUACACAGGAACAACGAUAUCGACCUCUACAGGGCCAGGACCAUCGACUACCAUUACCGUGAACUAUCCAUACCCUUCAACUACCAGCACUUACACUAACUUAAACACCUCCACGUCGUACUUGACAAACUCAGCAGGGUCCACUACAGCAGCAGAGAUUUUGGUUCCAUCGCAGGCAACUCCAACGAAGACUUCUCCAUGGACCGAAAGCUAUACUUCUACGAGCUAUAUUGUGAAUAAGGCCUCAUCAACCACCGGAGCUGUUGUGUACGAGCCUAUUUACACUGUCACCACCGCCUGGACUGGAGCCGGCACCCGAACCUCAUAUGCUACAAACAGUGCUAAACAAACUACUGAGGUUUUUGUGUUGACACCUCUUCCUUCAACCAGGUCGAGCACACUUCCUUGGACCGGGACGUACAAUAUCUACUCACGUCUCACAGACUCCCAAGGAUACACCACUGAAGUCGAUCUUCUAACUCCAGUGCCACGAACCACGGUUUCUUGGACGGGUUUGGUGACUAGUACUUCAGUGAUUACCGACAGUAAUGGUCAGCCCAGUAUCGUAGAGGUCUUAACUCCUCUCAGAUACAGCACCACCUAUGCACCAGGAACUGGCUCGUCUACGAGCACUUACUCAACAGCCGUUACAGUGUAUACUGGGUCUGAUGGUGUUUCAACCACUGAGACCGUGUAUUACGUGGAGACUCCAAUCGGGGCAACCACUCAAUACACUGCGGGCACUGGCAGCGUUACUUCUACGUACUCCGAGUGGUCUAACGUACUUUACGUGGAUCUGGACGGUAGUCCCAACCACCGAAAGCGUGUAUUACGUGGAGACUCCAAUUGGGGCAACCACUCAAUACACUGCGGGCACUGGCAACGUUACUUCUACGUACUCCAGUGGUCUAACGACUUUUACUGGAUCUGACGGUAUCCCAACCACCGAAAGCGUGUAUUACGUGGAGACUCCAAUCGGGGCAACCACUCAAUACACUGCGGGCACUGGCAGCGUUACUUCUACGUACUCCAGUGGUCUAACGACUUUUACUGGAUCUGACGGUAUCCCAACCACCGAAAGCGUGUAUUACGUCAAAACCCCAUCGAGUGGCACCAACGUGUACACCCCAUGGACGGGUACCUUCACUUCCACGUACUCUACCGGAUUGAAAACGACUACUGGAUCUGACGGUAAGCCAACCACGGAAACCACCUACUACGUUGAAACCCCAUCUAGUGGCACCAACGUGUACACUCCAUGGACUGGUACUUUCACUUCCACGUACUCUACCGGAUUGAGCACCUUCACUGGAUCUGACGGUAAGCCAACCACUGAGACCACUUACUACGUUGAGACUCCAUCGAGCGGCUCUACUGUUUACACUCCAUGGACGGGUACCUUCACUUCCACGUACUCUACCGGAUUGAAGACGACUACUGGAUCUGACGGUAAGCCAACCACGGAAACCACCUACUACGUUGAAACCCCAUCGAGUGGCACCAACGUGUACACCCCAUGGACGGGUACCUUUACUUCGACCUACUCUACCGGAUUGAAACGACUACUGGAUCUGACGGUAAGCCAACCACUGAGACCGCUUACUACGUUGAAACCCCAUCGAGUGGCACCAACGUGUACACUCCAUGGACGGGUACCUUCACUUCGACCUACUCUACCGGAUUGAGCACCUUCACUGGAUCUGACGGUAAGCCAACCACGGAAACCACCUACUACGUCGAAACCCCAUCGAGCGGCUCUACUGUUUACACACCAUGGACUGGUACUUUCACUUCUACUUACUCUACCGGAUUGAGCACCUUCACUGGAGCCGACGGCAAGCCAACCACGGAAACCACCUACUACGUUGAAACCCCAUCGAGUGGGACCAACGUGUACACCCCAUGGACGGGUACCUUCACUUCCACGUACUCUACCGGAUUGAAGACGACUACUGGAUCUGACGGUAAGCCAACCACUGAGACCACCUACUACGUCGAAACCCCAUCGAGCGGCUCUACUGUUUACACUCCAUGGACGGGUACCUUCACUUCCACGUACUCUACCGGAUUGAAGACGACUACUGGAUCUGACGGUAAGCCAACCACUGAGACCACCUACUACGUUGAAACCCCAUCGAGUGGCACCAACGUGUACACUCCAUGGACGGGUACCUUCACUUCGACCUACUCUACCGGAUUGAGCACCUUCACUGGAUCUGACGGUAAGCCAACCACGGAAACCACCUACUACGUCGAAACCCCAUCGAGCGGCUCUACUGUUUACACACCAUGGACUGGUACUUUCACUUCUACUUACUCUACCGGAUUGAGCACCUUCACUGGAGCCGACGGCAAGCCAACCACGGAAACCACCUACUACGUUGAAACCCCAUCGAGUGGGACCAACGUGUACACCCCAUGGACGGGUACCUUUACUUCGACGUACUCUACCGGAUUGAAGACGACUACUGGAUCUGACGGUAAGCCAACCACUGAGACCACCUACUACGUCGAAACCCCAUCGAGCGGCUCUACUGUUUACACUGCAUGGACGGGUACCUUCACUUCCACGUACUCUACCGGAUUGAGCACCUUCACUGGAUCUGACGGUAAGCCAACCACUGAGACCACCUACUACGUCGAAACCCCAUCUAGUGGCACCAACGUGUACACUCCAUGGACUGGUACUUUCACUUCGACCUACUCUACCGGAUUGAGCACCUUCACUGGAUCUGACGGUAAGCCAACCACUGAGACCACCUACUACGUCGAAACCCCAUCGAGUGGCACCAACGUGUACACUCCAUGGACGGGUACUUUCACUUCGACGUACUCUACCGGAUUGAGGACGUUCACUGGAUCUGACGGUAAGCCAACCACUGAGACCACCUACUACGUCGAAACCCCAUCGAGCGGCUCUACUGUUUACACACCAUGGACGGGUACCUUCACUUCCACGUACUCUACCGGAUUGAAGACGACUACUGGAUCUGACGGUAAGCCAACCACGGAAACCACCUACUACGUUGAAACCCCAUCGAGUGGCACCAACGUGUACACUCCAUGGACGGGUACCUUCACUUCCACGUACUCUACCGGAUUGAGCACCUUCACUGGAUCUGACGGUAAGCCAACCACGGAAACCACCUACUACGUCGAAACCCCAUCGAGCGGCUCUACUGUUUACACACCAUGGACUGGUACUUUCACUUCUACUUACUCUACCGGAUUGAGCACCUUCACUGGAGCCGACGGCAAGCCAACCACGGAAACCACCUACUACGUUGAAACCCCAUCGAGUGGGACCAACGUGUACACCCCAUGGACGGGUACCUUUACUUCGACCUACUCUACCGGAUUGAAAACGACUACUGGAUCUGACGGUAAGCCAACCACUGAAACCACCUAUUACGUCGAAACCCCAUCGAGUGGCUCUACUGUUUACACUGCAUGGACGGGUACCUUCACUUCCACGUACUCUACCGGAUUGAGGACGUUUACUGGAUCUGACGGUAAGCCAACCACUGAGACCACUUACUACGUUGAGACUCCAUCGAGUGGCACCAACGUGUACACUCCAUGGACUGGUACUUUCACUUCGACCUACUCUACCGGAUUGAGCACCUUCACUGGAUCUGACGGUAAGCCAACCACUGAGACCACCUACUACGUCGAAACCCCAUCGAGCGGCUCUACUGUUUACACACCAUGGACUGGUACUUUCACUUCUACUUACUCUACCGGAUUGAGCACCUUCACUGGAGCCGACGGCAAGCCAACCACGGAAACCACCUACUACGUUGAAACCCCAUCGAGUGGCACCAACGUGUACACCCCAUGGACGGGUACCUUCACUUCCACGUACUCUACCGGAUUGAAGACGACUACUGGAUCUGACGGUAAGCCAACCACGGAAACCACCUACUACGUUGAAACC